UUUGGAACUCUUUUGAUACGAAGGUAAAUAAGUGCAAUAAUACUGAAUUCGUUUUCCCUCGUUGCCACUCACGUGUAUGUGUAUGGUUUAUGUCCGCGAGUCAUUUCCACUCAGAACAGCAGAAGGUGACGGUAAAGAAAAGAUGUGUCAUCGAUGGCGACACCUGGCUGAGGUUCAUCUGACAUUGGAGAAAAGUAACGUCAUGUGUCAUUGCACUAGGGCUUUCAUUCGUGAUGGUGAACUUGUUAAGCAGGGUAUGGUGACUUGGUCAGGAGACGCUGACACAUCUGGCACUGAAACAGAUGAGAGUGUGGUAGAGGAAGGGGAAGAUGAUGGAGAGAAGGAAUUAGAGGAAGAUGGAGAAAAAGAAACAGGAGAUGACAAGCUGAUGAAGAUGAUGGGUCUGCCAGUAUCAUUUGUCAGUGGAAAUGUCCCAGUCACAGGAAAGUCAAAGAAAAAGAAAUCCCAUGGUCACAAAAAGAAGAAGAAAAGGAAGAAAAAGGAACAAAUGAAGGAUGAAGAUUCUAGUGAGGUAUUGGUAGAUUUCCCUCAGCUUGCCCCAGAAAGUGUCAUGGAAUUCCGUCAGCUCGACCUAGAGGGGGCCUGGCAAGGCUACUGGGGCCAGUAUGGGGAGUACUUGGUGUGGCAGGGCUGGAUCAACAAAUACCCAGAGCAGAUGGACUAUGGAGUCUCCCAGGGUGUGCCUCACACCACAGAGGUGGAAGUCAACACAGAGGAGGGGUCAGGGGUCAAUCAGGCAGAGGUCAACAACUUUGGGGAAGGUUUAAAGGUUAACAAUUCAGUGGAGGAUUCAGAGGUAAAUAACAUACAGGAGGGUUCAGAGGUCAAAGUCUUAAAGGAAAAUUCAGAGGUCAUCAAAUUUGAAGAGAGUUCAGAGGUCAAAUUUACAAAUGAGGAUUCCGAGAUUGAAGACACAGUUAAAGAUUCUAGGAUUGAUAAUAGUGCAAAAGACACCAAGACUCUUACUAAGACUUGCAAGGAGGUCAGUUUAAGUCCAAGUCAAAGUUCAGAGGUUAACACAGAACAUGGUUCAGAGGUCAAAAUUGGUCAAUGUGUAAAAGAUUGGAACCACAGCAAUACAAUACAAAGCAAAGAGACACUAAAUGUUGAUGAAACAAACAAACCAGAAGCAAAACCUGAUAGUAUCUCAAGUCAAUGUGAUGACCACUUUAAAAGGUUGACUUUAAACCAGUUUCAAACGUCCUUCAAUCAAGCCAUAGAACACACGCUGAAAGGUCGUGUGGAGGGUCAACAACAGACAACCACUCAGUCACAUCAGCAGGACGAAGUUUCUGAUGCUGAGGAGGACAACAUGUCUAAUGAAAGGACAGAGAUUGUACACAUGAUGCAUUCCUAUGCCUCUGGUCCGAGUGGUCAGUUAGAGGCCAGUGGUCAGUGUGAGGAUGACCAUAUGGAUAAUGAGGAGGAUUACGAGGUGGAAUGGCAGGAAAUGUGGAAUGACCACUAUACCGAGACUUACUGGUAUUUUUACAACCAGUUCUCAACUGAGUUUGACCGACUCAGUCUGAACAACAAUAUCCAUACCACACAGACGAAUCUGGAUACACAGUGCAACAAUCCAUCCAGCAACAGUUUCCAGGGUGAUUCAAUCCAUAGUGAUGGUACCCAUGGCGAUUCAAUCCUUAGCAACCGUUGUCAGGGUGACACAACCCAUAGUGAUGGUAUCCAUGGCAGCACAAUCCUUAGCAACCGUUGUCAGGGUGAUUCGAUCCAAAGUGAUGGUAAUUCAAUCCAAAGUGAUGGUAUCCAUGGCGAUACAAGCCUUAGCAACCAUUGUCAGGGUGACUCAACCCAUAGUGAUGGUAUCCAUGGCAAUACAGCCCUCAGCAACAGUUGUCAGAGUGCUAAUAUCACUACAGACGCAAAAGGUGAAAUAGUGCAUGAUUUCAAAGGUUUUGAUAACACUGAACAGAACAGUGUGCAAGUUAUACAUCCAGAAUAUUCUCAAGGUAAGGAAAGAUCCAAGGACAACAGAGAGUGUGUUAUUUCAGUUGGAGAGAAUGGGGAAGAGCAGGAGGAGGAGGAGGAGUUGGUGGAUGGAGGAGGUGCUGGAAGAAGGAGAAAAAACAAAACAAGCUCAGCUGGUCAGGACACUAGUGGUAAGUCAGGAACCCCCAGCAGAGUUAGAGGUCAGAUGUCUACAGGUCAGGGGUCAGGGUCAUGUGGCGGCGAUGACGACCCUCCAGACGAUCGUCCUGUUCGUCUUACCAGCAGCCACGAGAUGGAUGAGGAUGAACCCUUGAAUGAAGACAGUACAGUACAGGAUCAACUCCGAAACAUGGGGUUUUCAGUGCUGGAGGCAGAUACAUCAGAAACAGUAGCUAAAAAGCCACGGAUUACAGAAGGUUGUGUGUCGUAUAAAUCCAAACACAGAAAGUCUGACUUGAACUUGGGUAAAAAACCUGUCCAUAUUAGAUUUGAUAGUGAUGGACGUGAGCUGAGAGGGUCCAGAAGUAAAAAGUUAAACAAAGUGAAGACGUUUCUAGAUAAAUGCAAUCAGGAUGAUCCAUCAUCUUCAGUAGAGACUGAUAACACUACUGCAACAACCAAUGAGAAUACAGAGUUUCAUUUUGCUGCUGAUUUUGCCACAGCAAAUGGAAUAGAAGAUGUUGAUUGGUCAGAUGUGUCCGUGUCCUCAGAUGAGGAAAAUGAGGAAAAUGAAAAGGAUUUUCUGAAUUUGGAAUCAUCUGUUGAUAAUAAUCAUCUUCCAAAUGAGACAAAAUCUGUGAUAAGUGUUACAAAGGAGAAAAAAAGACGGAAAAAGAAGAAAAAACAACCUCCAAUUCCAGAGGAGAUAGAAAGUGACCCGGAACUAAGAAAGUAUUGGGCACAGCGCUACCGACUGUUUACACGCUUUGAUGAAGGCAUCAAGUUAGAUCGAGAGGGUUGGUUUUCUGUCACCCCAGAAAAAAUUGCCGAGCAUAUCGCUGAUAGGUGCCGUUGUGAUGUCAUCGUUGAUGCCUUUUGUGGUGCUGGAGGAAACGCCAUCCAAUUUGCUUUUACAUGUGAAAGAGUUAUCGCCGUCGACAUAGACCCUGAAAAGAUUGCCUGUGCACGACACAAUGCUUCUGUGUACGGGGUGGAGGACAGAAUAGAAUUCAUAACUGGAGACUUCCUGAAGGUGGCGCCACAACUUAGGGCGGACGUUGUGUUCCUCAGUCCUCCCUGGGGCGGACCAGACUACCUCAACGCAGACGUCUUUGAUCUAGAGACCAUGAUGGAACUUAAAGCUUCCGACAUAUUUGAGGUUUCUCAGAAGAUAACAAAUAACAUUGCCUUUUUUGUCCCGAGAAAUUCUGAUUUUGAGCAGCUGACAGCUUUGGCAGGUCCUGGGGGUCAUGUAGAGGUAGAACAGAAUCUCCUCAACAACAAACUGAAGACUAUCACAGCAUACUACGGGGAGUUGAUACUCGAUACAAACUGGAAUCAGAGAUCAGGAGAAGAUGGGGACGAAAAAUGGACCAAACAUAGAGACAGCUUGUCUACAGGGGCCCAAGACAGGGACAGUUUGUCUGAAGAGGCCGAAGACAAGAAAAGAUUGUCUGAAGAGGCCCAGAACAGGAAUAGUUUGUCUGUAGAGGCCCAAGACAGGGACACUUUGUAUAAAGAAGCCCCAGAAGGGCACAAAACAUUCAAACAAAGUGUAAUUAGUGACAAGGACAGAAACACAGGACAAGAUGGUUAUACUAUGAUUUCAGAAUGUGAACAGUUUGGGUGAUUUGAUAGAAAAAUGAUUUUGAAGGGUGCAUGCAAACUGUCUGGAUAAACCUGUUAAUCACUCGGUACUAUAUGUUCCUGAGAAAUACGGGCAAAGGAACCUUUUCUUAGUAGUGGCUGAGUGGAAUAGAUUCUGUGUGGAAAAGGACAAUUUCCGACAUACCGGGGGUAGUGGAAUAGCAAUGGAUAAUACUGUAAUAUUCAUUCAUGAUUUUAUCCCAGAACCAGAACAUCUUUCUGGUGUUAAUUGAACCUACAAAUAAUAGAGAAAAUAUUUUUCUUAAUUGAAAUUAUGAGAAUUUCUGCUGGUCAGUAAAGUGAUGAAAAUGUC